AUGGAAGUUUUCGCUAUCAUCAUGUACAUCGUAUCAACCUUUGGCUUUUUGGUCAUAUUCCUGUCUAUGUAUCUGCUCAUACGUGUACCUACGAAACUGAGUGCGUUCUCCCGAUUUGUCGUACACGGACAUGACUUGGCGACUGGGCUAAACCAAAUCUUUCUCACAAUUGCAUUACAAAUUCACGUAAUAUUCCCUUGUACCGGUGGAUACACCGCAGGACUACUCACUCGUUUGAAUGUGAUCGGUCUUGUGGGUCAACUUGGUAUAGGUGGUAUGCUACUCUCUGGUAACCAUUAUCUCACUUGUUUCAAUUAG